AGAUGGCAGCAGUGCGCAUGCUCGAGCGUGCCUCUACUGAUAAUGUAGAAGGAGAAUACAACUUUCACCGGAAGAGAGUUCCGACUUAGUUGAGAUAUAGUGUGUUUCUGUAACUACAGAUAGUUAAAAACAGACUCCGUGUUUGUUGCUCUUCCUCCGGAGCUCAUACCCGGGUCUUCUCGGAGAGAUGCAGCGUGCUGGAGGCAGCGUCGCUGGGUCUCAUCCUCUGUUCGGUGGAGCGCUGUCGGCAGUCCUCCCCCACAGCGCCAGAGACACCAGUGAGCUGAGGGAGAUCCCGGACAACCAGGAGGUGUUCGCCCACGAGCACACCGACCAGAGCCUGAUCGUGGAGCUGGUGGAGUACCAGCGUCAGGUGGAGGACCGAGACGCCGCCAGGUAUCACUUUGAGGACAUCGCGGGCAGCAACAAAGCUCUGGAGCCGGGUGCUUUUGAGGUCACAAGUGUUGUGCACAUGUCCAAGUCUGAGCUGUCCCUCUCAGACUGCAGCUCCGCCUGGAUGCUGACUGGGACGCAGUGUGUAUCCAAAUUCAAGGAAGAGGCCAGGAACACAGUGACCCUCCACCUGGGUCUGUUCCGCCUGCCACAGUUCUCCACGGACGUCCUGAUCACCUUCAACGACCCGCAGAGGAUCAGCCCCGACAGCAGCAGUGCUGCUUCGGCUGAGACGCACAGAGAGCCAUGGACGGUGCAGGACUUCCAGCGCUUGUUGCAGACUCUGACUCUGCACAACCCGGGACUGUUUGGGUAGAGCAACUGCUUCUUUCUCUGCGUGGGGCCCUGAUUUAGUCCCAGGCACAUUUAAACUGAUCCCUGUAAGAAGCAGGCCUCCAGCAGGCUUUGGAUCUCAACCUGAAAGUUCCUUAUUGUGGUGGUUCCCUGUCACUGACACAUGUGUACUGUUCUGCCCUUGAUGAUGAUGUUUUUCUGACAUCUAAAAAAUGAAUUGAUGACCAAACACUUCACGGUUUUGUCGUAAUAAAAGUGUCGGAUGAAAACUGUUUGACCAUUUCAUUAUUUAUGGAUCACCUGACGAACAUAUUUUAGGUUAAAUAUGCUCUAAAAGUGGACUGUACUGUGAAGACUUGCAGCAACUCUCACAGAUCACAUGAGUGUUUUUUUUUGUAAGGCAUUUCUGUUUUAUGUUAUCGUCUGAACCUGAGCGAAAUAUGAGGGUUUCAGACAUAAUGUCAUCGACAUGCACAUUUUCCGCUCCCGUUUCCCUCCACGUUCCAGUUCUCCUACUCACUCAAGC